CUCGAUUCCUUCUCCAGUCAUUCUAUACCCGUCACUCCAUCCGCGUGGCGAAGCGCAGGAGGUCGUCCCCCGACGCAAUGACAACAACGCCCUGGUCGCACGACCGCCCGUCGCGCGUCGCACGAACCACCUCGCCGCCGCCGUACUCGAUCACCUGCUCCAGCUUCUCCUUCACAAUGCCAUCGGGCAUCGUGAGGAGGAAGCGCUGGCACUUGAGCGGCGGCGGGAAGCAGCGCAGACCGCCCUCCUCGUACUCGUCCAGCCAGAAGCCCGCCUCGCGCGACGCGUACACGUACUCAGG